ACCGUCUACCAGUUUUACGCUUGCAACUAACUUCGGCGACAAGAUGAAGGGAUUCGUGGUGUUUGCGAUGGCCAUUGCGCUGGCGGCUAGUGCCGCGGUGGAUAAGAAGGAAGCUGAGGCACCGGCCGCUGCCGCUGCCAAUCCUGCCGCAGGGGAGAAGAAACAGGACAAGCGUGGUCUGGGGUGGGAACUCGGCUACGGUUUCGAGUCGCACGGCUGGGACUCACCGAAGCUGUCGCAUGGCUGGGAGGAACCAUCGCACAUCACCACCAUCACCAAGAAGGUGCACGUCCCGUAUCCGGUGGAGGUGGAGAAGCAUGUCCCGUACCCGGUGAAGGUGCCAUACCCGGUGCACGUUGAGAAGAAGGUCCCGGUCGUGGUGGAGAAGAAGGUCCCGGUGUACGUCGAGAAGCACGUUCCGGUGCACGUUGAUCGGCCCGUCCCCUACCCGGUCAAGGUGCCGGUCAAGGUGAUCCAGAAGGAGUACGUCGAGGUACCGAAGCCGUACCCGGUCCACAUCGAGAAGCACGUCCCGGUGGUCGUGAAGAAGCCCGUCUACGUCGAGAAGCACGUGCCGGUUGUGGUGAAGUCGCACGACUGGGAACCUCAUUCCCACUCGUACUCCGAGUUCCACUCCUGGUAAAUCGUCUGGAAUGGUCGUGGGAUUCCCCUUCUGGAGCUAGCUAGCUAGCUAGCUAGCUAGCUGACGGAUAUGCUCUCAGUGCAGCUGCACCGCUGCCUCCAAGUACUUCUCGCCCGUCUUGAAUCCGUCGGGAUACAUCAAUACUCUCAUUCGCAACGCUCAUAUAUAUGUAUCUAUAUACUAUACAGACUCACACACACACACACACACAAACACACAAAGUACCACACAGCACCACAACCAACUGUUUCCUGCACUGUGAUUCUCAGAUUUGGCAACAAGCGUUCCCCGCUUGUCAGUGCGUUGAAGUCUUUCGUAGACUGCUCGCUGCACAAGCAUUCCGAUUUCGAUCGCUCUUACGGGAGUAUGCAUUGCAAAAUUUUCGAUUGCUUUUUCCCGUUGCCAGUUUGUUUUGCCAGUAUGUUUCCCGUGCACAGUACAACAAACGACACAACACAAGCAAAAAAAAGCGAUCAGCUGUAGCGAUCGAGCAGCAGAUGAUCGCCAGCAAGACGCCGCAAACCCCUACUUCUUCCUUUUCUUUUACAAAACUUGUUGUCCAAAUGUAUAUAAAUUAUUCUACACCUACCUACGUAGCUGUAGUAGGUAAGGCUGCGAGA